AUGAGGUGGUUCAACGGCUUGAAAACAGACUCCAUAGAUUUCUAUAAGCAGCUCACCCAAGCCUUUGGCUCUCGUUUCAUCAUGAACAGCAGGGUUCCUCGACCUCUGAGUUCGUUGUUGUCAUUAUCCAUGCGUGAGGGAGAAACUCUAAAAGCAUACUCGGACAAAUAUUGGGAAAUGUACAACGAGAUGGACGACAACUUUGAUGACGUCGCCAUCAGCACUUUUAAAAGCGGUUUCCAAACCGAGCACGGCUUGAGGAAAUCCUUGACUGGCAAGCCUACCACUAGCAUUCGUCAACUUAUGGACUGGAUUGACAAAUACAAAAGAGUGGAAGAGGACCAGCUGCAAGGGAAAGGACAGGAGAAGAUCAUCCCUCAAAAGAGGAAUGAUUUCAGGUCGGACCGAUACAACAAUAACCAUCCGAGGAGAGAUUUUGCAGGGCAAUCAGGAUUAACCAACACGCAGACGAUUCGUAUUCAGAGAACUAGUACAUUAAAUUUUAGAGAAAGUCAAGAAUCAGCCAUUCUUCAAGUGGCCAAAUAA